CGCUGUGCCCCGCGUCGCCACGGCGACGGCUCGGGGCCCGGCCAUGGCGGAGGAGGGGAGCCGUGAGGAUUGUGUGGUAGCUGAAAUUGAGAGAAAGAUUACAGAAGCUUUUGAGGCAUUUGAUCACGAAGGAAGUGAAACUGUGGAUGUCAGAGAGAUUGGUUCAAUUGUCAGGUCACUUGGUUGCUUCCCGACUGAGGCGGAGCUACAUGAACUGCUUGCAAAGGUAGAAGAAGAACCACCAACUGGAUAUGUUCAUCUAGAAAAAUUUCUUCCAGUGAUGACAAAAGUAUUACUGGACAGAAGCUACAGGCCUAUUCCAGAAGAUGUUCUUCUACAUGCGUUUGAGGCUUUAGAUGAGAAUAAAAGUGGAUACAUUACUAAAGAGGAUCUGGUGAAACAUAUGACUGAAGAAGGUGAACCGUUUACUGAGGAAGAAAUGGAAGAGAUGCUCUCCAGUGCUCUAGAUCCAGAAACAAAUGCAGUUCAUUACAGAGACUACAUUUCAAUGAUGAUAGUAGAUGAAACUGAUCAUCUUCCACAGUAGACUCUGAGGUGCCUUUUGGUAACAGCAAUGCAGCUUAGCAGUUGGUUGAAAUUCUGAGUAUAACAAAACACAGUGUGUGACCUUGUGCUUAUAAUUAAAUUCAAAUCUGUGUAGUUAUA